AUGUUGAAGGUCCAACUACAUGUGUUGCUGUUACUUUUUAGUGUUCAAUGGACCCGUGUAAUGGGGAUCGGUUUCGACCAAGUUGAAUUUAGAACGAGAACUACGUUAUCACGGCCCGAUCGUGACAGCGCCGGCGGCGACGCCGCCGCCGGCGGUAACGGUGAUGGUGAUAAAUGUCCACCUUGCUUUAAUUGUAUGUUACCAAUUUUUGAAUGUAAACAAUAUUCCGAGUGUAAUUCUAAUACCGGUAGGUGUGAAUGUAUUCCAGGAUUUGCAGGCGAUGAUUGUUCUAUUCCUGUCUGUGGUGGGUUAGAUGAGCCAAACGGUAGAAGGCCUCAACGUGACAAUGGAUCUGACACAUGUCAAUGUAAGGCAGGUUGGGGUGGUAUAAACUGUAACAUAUGCGAGGAAGAUUUCGCAUGUGACGCAUUUAUGCCAGGGCCUGAAUUAAAGGGAACUUGUUAUAAAAAUGGUAUGAUUGUUAACAAAUCUUAUCAAGGUUGUAAUGUAACCAAUGAAAAAAUUUUACAAACUCUUAAGGGUAGAAUUCCUCAAGUCACCUUUUCAUGUGACAAUCAUACAAAGGAUUGCAACUUUCAAUUUUGGAUAGACAGGAUAGAGAGUUUUUACUGUGGACUAGAUCGUUGUCAAUUCGAAUACGAUUUAAAAUCAAAUUCUUCUCAUUACAAUUGUGAAAGCGCUAGAUGCAAGUGUGUUCCAAACACUACUUUGUGUGGCGCCAAAGGAUCAAUUGAUAUAUCUGACUUUUUGACACAAACCGUUAAAGGUCCUGGUGAUUUUGUAUGUGAUUUGCAAACAAAAAAAUGUAGGUUCAGUGAACCCUCUAUGAACGAUUUAAUCUCAACAAUUUUUGGCGAUCCUUACAUUAUGCUUGAGUGCCGCGGUGGUGAAUGUCUUCAUUACAGUGAAAUACCAGGUUACAUGCCUCCAGACAAGGAUAUUUCCAUGUCUUGGCAGGCAAACCUCAUUUUAGCGCUAACUUCCGUGUUAGUUUUACUGCUAGUGACUUUUGUCACUUUCUGUAUCUCUAAGUCACCUUUGUUCAAAAACGAUCCAUUAGCAUUGGAAGGUGAUGACUUUUUAUCUGGUGGAGGUGGCGGUGGAGCUACAAGUGCCCAGGAGCCUUCAGAUGCUAAUUUCCUGAAGACUGAUGUCGAGGCUGUCCUAACGUUUAAAGAUAUCGUGUACCAAGUGCCAAUAAACCGUGACAAUUCCGAAACGGUUCUUAAUGAAGUCAGUGGAGUAGUACAACCAGGUGAGAUGAUGGCGCUUUUGGGUGGAUCAGGCGCUGGCAAAACCACACUCUUAGAUAUUUUAGCCAUGAAGAAGAAAGCGGGUAAAGUUUCUGGUCAGAUCAAAGUCAACGGGAAGUCUAUCUCUAAGAAAGAUUAUACCAAAUUAAUUGGAUUUGUUGAUCAAGAUGAUUACUUGUUACAAACGUUAACAGUCUUCGAAACAGUUCUAAACAGUGCAUUAUUACGUUUACCGCGUGCCUUGCCUUUUGAAGCGAAAAGAUCUAGGGUUUACAAAGUCUUAGAAGAACUAAGAAUUUUAGAUAUUAAGGAUAAAAUCAUUGGUAAUGAGUUUGAAAGGGGAAUUAGUGGUGGAGAAAAGAGGAGAGUGUCUAUCGCGUGUGAAUUAGUGACUAGUCCACUGAUUCUGUUUUUAGACGAACCCACAUCAGGGUUGGAUGCCAACAAUGCAAGUAACGUUGUAGAUUGUUUGGUGAGAUUAGCUAGAAAUUACGGGAGAACGCUUGUAUUGUCAAUCCAUCAACCAAGAUCGAAUAUUUUCCAAAUGUUUGAUAAACUGGUCCUUUUAAGUAAUGGUGAGAUGGUCUAUUCCGGUGAAGCCAUAAGAGUUAAUGAAUUCUUACGCAAUAAUGGUUACCAAUGUCCCACGGAAUACAACAUUGCCGAUUAUUUGAUAGAUAUCACUUUUGAAACCCAAUUGCAAAGUAAGAAAAGAGCUAGAGCCGCUAGUAGUAGGAGUGGUAUGCAAGUCACCCCUGAUGUACUCCAAAAUCCCACUUCGGGUAUAGACGCCAAUAAGAAUGCAAUUCACCCAGCGUUGGAAGAGGGAAGCGGAUCCGUACCUUCAGUUACGCAACGUGAAUGGGAACAUUUAGCUGGUCAUAGGGAUGAAAUUAGAACUUUACUCAAAGAUAGUGUAUCACAAGAACACGAAACUGUUGGUUCCAUGAAUACCAGACUUUUGCAUAAUCGUUUCAAGGAUGGUCCCUAUUAUGCACAAUUGAGUCAUGAUAUAGCUACCAUUCUCACUAAUUAUGCAACAGCUCAAAUGGAAUUACCAUCGUCAAUGAAUUCGGCAUCUUUUCCUCAACAGUUAUCCAUUCUCUGUUCGAGAACAUUUAAAAAUAUUUACAGAAAUCCCAAACUGUUACUGGCCAACUAUCUCAUGACUCUAUUGCUAGGUGGAUUUUUAGGAACACUUUAUUACGAUGUUUCUAAUGACAUUAGUGGAUUCCAAAACAGGUUGGGACUUUUCUUCUUCAUUAUGACAUAUUUUGGAUUUGUUACACUGACAGGUUUGAGUUCCUUCGCUGUGGAGAGAAUUAUUUUCAUUAAGGAACGCUCCAAUAAUUACUACUCACCACUAGCCUAUUAUUUCAGCAAAAUUUUGAGUGAUGUUUUACCAUUAAGAGUAAUUCCACCGGUUAUCUUAGGAUUGGUCGUCUAUCCCUUAGUGGGGCUAAACAUGGAUAACCAUGCCUUUUUCAAAUUUAUUGGAAUCCUAGUGCUUUUCAAUUUGGGUAUAUCCUUAGAAAUUCUAUCCAUUGGUAUUAUUUUUGAAGACUUGAGCAACUCGAUUAUCUUUAGCGUGCUAGUUCUGUUGGGAUCACUGCUAUUCAGCGGACUUUUCAUCAACACCAAAGAAAUUACGAGUGUCGCUUUCAAGUAUCUCAAGAAUUUCUCCCUUUUCUAUUACGCCUAUGAAUCGCUUCUAAUCAACGAAGUAAAAUCAUUAAUGCUAAGAGAAAAGAAAUAUGGUUUAGAUAUUGAAGUUCCAGGUGCUACAAUCUUAAGUACUUUCGGAUUCUCAGUACAGAAUCUGGGGUUAGAUAUUAAGAUACUGGGAGUUUUCAGUACUGUAUUUUUGAUAAUCGGUUAUGUGGCUUUGAAACUGAUAGUGGUGGAGCAAAAGUAG